AUGACGUCUACUAAUCGUGCAGAUGCUGGAUAUUACCACUGUGUAGUGAAGACUAGUUAUGGUGGGAUUCGCAGCAGAAAAAUUAAAUUAGAUGUUGGUUAUCUUGAUCCACCCUCGGAAAUCAAGUCAAGAUCGUUCAUUGAAGUAACCUUAGGACAAGCUGUGAUAAUUUGGCCUGGUUCUGUUCAACAUGAACAAAGAAAACAGCUAUCCUACUCAGAUAGAAGAAACGAACCUUGGAAGUCAGUAAUUAAUACACUAAAUGAAACACAAAAGUUCCUACCUAGUUCAUAUUAUCUCCAAGCGGUACCGUUUCCACAGGCCAUAUGGACUAUAAACAAUGCCCCAUUACCAAAUACACUGAAUAUUUUUGUCAGUCAAUUAGAGCAAGCAAUAGCCUUGCUUAAUAUUGAUAAAGAUAUGAAUUUGAAAGUGAUCAGAGCUCGACUGAUAAAUGGUUACGGUAAUUCAACAGAAGGCGUAUUCAGUCAGACACACAUCAUUCAAGUUAAAGACCCACCAAUAAACACGGCUGUUCAUUCACUGGAUCUUGUCCUACCACCAAAAGACGCAUCACUUAUUUUAAAGGAUGAACAACCAGGAACAGCUAUCUUUGAGUGUGUGUUUAACGCAAGACCAGCUCAUGCGUUAAAAGUUCAGUGGUUUAAGCGAGGCUCGAAUGGUAGACGUGAGCUCAUUAUCCCAUCAGUUGUAUCACAAUCAAAACUAACCGGUGAACAGCGACAGACCUAUGACGAACCAGUUUAUAAAUUUGAUUCAUCGGGUUUAAAUCGGACUCUGAUAAUUAGCAAUAUACUACCAGGCAUAAUACCCUCGGAUUAUCAUCACAAGUUAACUCAGAAAAGUGUAUACUCUGAAGAAUACACAUGUCAUGCUUAUUUAAAUGGAUAUAAUAGUAAUAAUGUAUUUGAAAUGAACGACUUCUUGGUUGGAGAUUCAGAAUUCAUUUCAUCUCCAUCCUCGUCAUCAUCGCUAUUGUCUUCCGCAUUCAGUUUAUACAGAAGUGUUAGUCCCAUUUCAACUACAGCACGACUGAAGUUAUAUCUUCCACCGAAAAUUCAUUUUCCACCGAAUAUCGAUGUAAACAGUUCAACAAUUCAAUUAGAAUUCAUUCCUAGACCAAGUAAGCUGAUAGUAAUUGAAACCAGUGCCAGUAUGGAUAUUCAACUACCGUGUGAAUUAGAUUGGAUUGGUAUACCAGCAGCUGAGGUUAAAUGGUUAAGAAAUGGUGAUUCUAUUAAUUUCAUCAACAAAGAUCGAUACUAUAUUCAUACGAAUAACACUUUGACGAUUGAAAGCUUGAAAUUAACGGAUGCUGGUAUCUUCCAGUGUUAUGCCUAUAAUAGUGCUGGCGAAGAUUUCCUCAAUAUCUGGUUGAAAGUCACUU